CGAGAGUGCAGGCAAGCCGGGAGCCGGCAGGCAUGCCCCGGACACUGAGCACCUCCGACAUGGUUACCCCGGGCAGCCUCAGUCCACCCCCCACCAAGUCCAUGGAGGGCGAACAAGCUGGGCAGCCACUGCUGGAUGGAGCUCCAUCCUCAGCCUCCCUGGAUACCCUGAUUCAGCAGCUGGUGCCCACAGCUGACUACUACCCUGAGAAAGCCUACAUCUUCACCUUCCUGCUGAGCUCCCGCCUCUUCAUCGAGCCCCGGGAGCUCCUGGCCCGGGUCUGCCACCUGUGCAUUGAGCAGCAGCAGCUGGACAAGCCGGUGCUGGACAAGGCCCAAGUCCGGAAGUUUGGCCCCAAACUGCUCCAAUUGUUGGCUGAGUGGACGGAGACCUUCCCACGGGACUUCCAGGAAGAGUCGACCAUCGGGCACCUAAAGGACGUGGUGGGCCGCAUCGCCCCCUGUGAUGAGGCAUACCGAAAGAGGAUGCACCAGCUCCUGCAGGCUCUGCACCAGAAGCUGGCAGUUCUGGGCCAGGGCUCGGAAGGCCUGCUGGGAGCUGACAAGCCCAUCGCCUACCGGACCAAGCCGCCAGCCUCCAUCCACAGGGAGCUCCUAGUCAUCUGCAGUGAUCCCUAUACACUGGCUCAGCAGCUGACCCACGUGGAGCUGGAGCGGCUGCGGCACAUUGGGCCUGAGGAGUUUGUCCAGGCUUUUGUGAACAAGGACCCUCUGGCCAGCACAAAGCCUUGUUUCGGCAACAAGACUAACAACCUGGAGGCUUAUGUGAAAUGGUUCAACAGACUGUGUUACCUCGUGGCAACUGAGAUCUGCAUGCCGGCCAAGAAGAAGCAGAGGGCCCAGGUGAUCGAGUUCUUCAUCGACGUGGCCCGAGAGUGCUUCAACAUUGGCAACUUCAACUCCCUGAUGGCCAUUAUCUCUGGCAUGAACAUGAGCCCUGUCUCCAGGCUGAAGAAGACCUGGGCCAAAGUGAAGACGGCCAAGUUUUUCAUCCUCGAGCACCAGAUGGACCCAACAGGAAACUUUUGCAACUAUAGGACAGCUCUGCGUGGGGCAGCCCACCGCUCCCUGACAGCCCACAGCAGCCGAGAGAAGAUUGUCAUCCCUUUCUUCAGCCUGCUCAUCAAAGACAUCUACUUCCUGAACGAGGGCUGUGCCAACCGCCUCCCCAACGGACAUGUCAACUUUGAGAAAUUUCUGGAACUGGCCAAGCAGGUUGGAGAGUUCAUCACAUGGAAACAAGUGGAGUGCCCCUUCGAACAAGAUCCCAGCAUCACCCACUACUUGCACACUGCCCCCAUCUUCAGUGAGGAUGGUCUUUAUUUGGCUUCUUAUGAAAGUGAGAGUCCAGAGAACCAAACAGAAAAAGAGAGGUGGAAAGCUCUAAGGUCUUCUAUUUUGGGGAAGACGUGAGCAACUCUGAGCUGGAGGUGGAGGAGGCGGAGGAGAGGAAGUCAGCAGAACCUUCUGUAGCCUUGCCUCGGCUGGCCCAGUAAGCAGGGAUGAUGUUGGUGCUUCGCUACUUUGCAGAUCUGGUGCCCACCAGUGAUCACACGGCACAGGAAACCUCCCACCUUUCGUGGAAGCUCAGCCUUGGCAGGGCCAAGGGCCUCCAGAUGAGGUGGCCCGUUCCCUUGGGGGCCCUGUUUUCAAGAUGAUGGGGACCAUGUUGCUGGUCAGCCUGUCUGCCCUUAGGGGAGAUACGGCACCCCCUGCAGUCUUGUGCCUCAGAGGCCAACCUUCAGUCUGUGGCCAGGUGGCCUGAGAGCUUCUGCUUCUCCAGAAGACAUCACAGUGACAUGAGAGAGGCUGUGAGCCCCCCAGUGACCCCGCCACUCUGCUGAUGGAACCCACACUGCCCUGAUGGGCUGUUUCUGCAGCCCCAUGCACCUCCUUUCUGGAUCCUGCUGGUAUCGGGGACAGCUUUCUGGUAACAGCCAUGAAGCAGGUCAGCAGGACAAGUUUGAGUUAUGGAGUUGACAAUGUGUAUAGUUUGUUGUAAACUGGUGUUGACAUAAAGGCACAGUUGUACAG